GUAUGUGUGACUUUGUGAGUGAGUGACUUUGUGAGCGAGUGAGUGUGUGAGCGCGCGGCUCUGCUCGGCGCUGCGCCGCUCUCUCUGCCAUUGGUGAGCUGGAGGCGCGUUAUUGGCCAACACGCCCCGCUGAGGCGCGCAUAAGUGCCGAUCGCCAGCGGUGAGGCUGUGCCACGCUCUCCGCGCGCUCACGGGAGCCAAACUUCGGCGCACCGGCACGCGCGCACACUCUCACACAUACAUACUCACACAGGGGGAGAGAGAGUGUGUAAGAGAGAGAGAGAGAGAGAGAGAGAGAGCGCUGCGCUCGGAGGCGAUGGACGGCGCGCGCUUCUCCUCAGCGGGAGCGCCCGGCUCCCCUCUGCCGCCGCGCGGCCCCGCGAGCUCCAUCGCCGCCGCCGCCGUGAAGCCGCUGGCUUUCUCCAUCGAACGGAUCAUGGCGCGUAGCCCGGAGCCGCGCUCGACGCCGCUGUUCCCGACGCGCGAGUCUCCCCCCGCUCUGCGCUGCGUACUACCGCUCGUGCCGCUCGCCUACGAGGCGGCGCACGGGCUCGAGCUCGGCGGCAGCACGCUGCACGCGACUCAUUCGCAGACUUUCUCCCACCACCAGCACCAGCAGCACGUGCACGCGCACGGCGGCGGCGGUGAGCUGCUGGGCUACAAGCACGAGCACGGCCACUACAAGCUGUUCCGGCCGCGCGUACUCAGCCCGGCCACGGCGCACGCCCUGCACGGCGCUGCGCGCUACGUGAGCUGUGCGGCGGAGAGCGCGUGCGCGCCCGCGGCGGCGGCGGCGGCUGCGGGGCUGCUCGGGCUGCACCCCGUGGCCUCGUACUUCCUGAACGGGCCGCUGCAGAAGGCCGCGUGGGCGGAGAAGGCGCGCGCGGGAGCCGAGAGCGCGCACAUCCUCACAGAGAAGCUCCUGAAGAACUCGGCCAAGAUCAGCGGCGCCGCGCCGCACAGCAAGCCCAAAGUGUUCACCUGCGAAGUGUGCGGCAAGGUGUUUAACGCGCACUAUAACCUGACCCGCCACAUGCCAGUUCACACCGGAGCCAGACCCUUCGUGUGUAAAGUGUGCGGUAAAGGAUUCCGGCAGGCGAGCACACUGUGUCGACAUAAAAUCAUACACACUCAGGAAAAGCCUCACAAAUGCACUCAGUGUGGGAAAGCGUUCAACCGGAGCUCCACUCUCAACACACACGCGCGCAUACACGCUGGGUACAAGCCGUUCGUGUGUGAAUUCUGCGGGAAAGGCUUUCACCAAAAAGGAAACUACAAAAACCACAAACUAACCCACAGCGGAGAGAAGCAGUUUAAGUGCAAUAUCUGCAACAAGGCCUUCCACCAGGUGUACAACCUCACCUUCCACAUGCACACUCACAACGACAAGAAGCCCUUCACCUGCCCCACCUGCGGCAAGGGCUUCUGCAGAAACUUUGACCUUAAGAAACACAUCCGGAAACUGCACGACGUUUCUCCAGGACCCCCCUCACCGCCCACCCCCAUUACCCACCAGCAGUGAGCCUCAGCUCGGCCCUCGCGCCCGCGGAACGAACCCCCCUCCAUACUCUUAUAAGUAAAGGUGCCACAAACAAGGGUUCUAUCGAGCGACGCCGCAGAAGAACCCCGUUCCGCUUCCUAGAGAACAUUUCAAUGGAUGGCUCUUUAAAACGCGCUGUAAAUGAGACGCCAGUGUGAAGAACCAUUUUAACGUUUAAAGAAGCUCCACGCAACGGUUCUGUGCCAAUUAAAGGCUUUUCCGAGAACCGUGUCCGUCCAAGCCAAGAACCACCUUUAUUUUUAAGAAUGUGCUUCAUCAUCAUCGUCAUCUUCCUCAGCAUCUUCAUCAUUCAGCAUGCAGGACUGAUUUGCCGCCUCCAGACAUCGAACAAACACGGCCUUUUCUCUUUUUUUUUCUUUUCGUUUUUUUGAGACUCGUUUGUGAAAAUGAGCUUUUCACUCUCAGGGUAAUCGCUGUCACUGUCUCUGUUGUACAAUAGGCUUUUUUAUUUAUUUGAAAAUGCAAUGUUGUGGUUAACUAGAAGAGGGUGCGGUCAGUUGCGCGGAUCAAGAGCCGCGAUGUACAUUUCUGCAUUUUGUAUAAAGUGUCUGUUAUUUAUAGUCCGUCUUUCUUCAUCGCUCAUGCUGUUUUCAGGUUUGGUUGUUUGUUUUUUUCCGUUGUUAAGUCAGCGCGAAUUAUGCAAGGGAUUGUUUGUAAAUAAUUACAACUGACAUCAGAUUUCUCAUUAAAUCGAUAGAUUAUAAAUCAUUAUAACGAGGGGAAAGAAAAUAAAAAGCAUAUGUUUUAUGUCAUAGCGUUUCCAGCUAUGUGUGUUUGAAGCGUGUAAUCUGCCUUUCGUGUUGCUGUCUGACGGCGUUUCGGACCCAGUAAUGGAGGAGUAAUGGGACUCGUGCCUAAUGAGAAAAUGAACCAUAAUUAGG